CAAAGACUCUGAUCACCUUAUUUCUUUUGAAGGCCUUUUUAUCUACUUGGGCUUCAGGCCCAUUGAUGCUUGAUCACUUGUAAUGGACUGUACUAUCCAUGUGGACCAUACCCGAAUUGUCCAUCGAAUUCAGGCAAACCCGUUACAGUAACGGUUAGUAAGAGCUUAGAAAGCAAACCCCACAUCUCAGUUCGCAAACGCCGUCAUCGUCCGCCGCCAAUGGCGCACCUGGACCAGCGGCGGCCGUGGACCAUCACCUUUCGAGCCAAGUCCAAGUCCUUGGAUCUCAAAUUCAAGCUACCCAAAUUUUUGCUUGUCCGCAAGCUUUUCCGAUUCACAUUACAUCUCGAGCUCCACCCGUACACCUUGGACAUCAAAUCCAAACCCAAAUCCCUAUUAUCCUUAAGUUCAAAAACAUUAAAGCUCAAAUUCAUCAACAUGUUCAAGAAAUUCCACAGUAAUCGACCCAGAAAUAAAGGCAUUGCGAGAAUCUGGUCUGCUCAUAAGAAUUGCCUGUGGAGGAGAAGAAGAAAAGCGUGUGUUGUUUUAGGGCUUUCGCUGUUGGCAGUAAUGGGCUUGUGCGUGGUUUUGCAGCUGGGAAGGGUUUGUGGGCAGGGCUUUAUGUGGAAAUGCGUUGGUUGGGCUUGGUAUUAUGCUGCAUCUUAUGGGCUUCCACACCUUUCAAAGAUUUUGAUUUUACCAUUUCGUGGCCUGUUGGGAUCGGUGGGUAUUCGUAAAGAUCCAAACUUUGGCCUAAAACCCUGCGGCAGUGAGCUGAAUUUUGGUGAAUUCGACCUCCUUCCGGACUCUGAAUUUAUUGUUUAUAUGUACCGUUUUCCUUCUGUUGAGUUGAAUGAAGUCCUAUUCUGCAAAUUUGUUCUCUACAGAUAUCAAGUGAGAAAAGUGUCCGUCUCGUUCAACAUUUUCUUUUGCUUUCAGCUGGAACUCGCACCUUCUCGACAUUGCAAAGUUUUCACUUGCAACAUGGGAUGCUUUACCGUGUUAAAGAGUAAGAAGAAGAAAUCUGACCAUACCAAUUACGUUAAACAUGUGAACCCGCAGGAGCAUUCACCUUCUGUUUUGCCAGAACCCCAAAACCGUACACGCUCUCUACAGUCUGCUCCCCCGAGCUUCAAAACCAGAGUUAAACCUUUACAGUCGAAUGUUAGUGGAGUAAGCAGUAGCAGAAUGCGAACAUUAUCAGCCCCUUCUAGUCUCGAUGCUGCCGAACAAGAUGCACUUGCAUCUGUCGAAUACGAGGAUCAAGAAGAAACAACAACUCGGAUUGGGUCCAUAAAAGAGUAUAGUAAUUCACCGAGUCCUCAGCCUCUUCCCCUCCCAUCACCCUGUGGUGCCAAUGCUCUUAAGGCCACUGCAAGUUUUAAAAUGAUAAAUUGCAGUGGCCCUCUUAACAUGUCCGGGCCCCUCCCUUUACCCCCUACUUCACAUCCAGCUCUCACGGCUAAAGGGACACUUCUCAAUUUUUCCUAUGAAGAACUUGCAUCUGCUUGUCAUAACUUCUCUCCUGAGAGAUGUAUGUCUGAAGGUUUAUCUUCUGUCAUGUACCGAGCUUCAUUUAUGGAGGAUGCUUCUGGAUCAAAGAAGCUUGAAGCCACUGUGACUCGUCUUCAUCCUUGCAAUCAGGGUUUGAAAGAAUUUGUGAAUGAUGUAAAUACGCUGGCAUCUUUGCAACACCCCUACCUCUGUAAAUUAAUUGGAUAUCAUGCGCGUGAAGGCUCAGGCCUCAGGAUGUUGGUUUAUGAGAGGCUAUUUCAUGGAAGUCUCGAUCGGCUUUUAUAUGGGAGAUCUGAUGGCCCACCUCUCGACUGGAAUAGCAGAAUGAAAGUUGCUCUGUGUGCGGCGCAAGGUCUUACCUUUCUGCACGAGGAGGGACCCUUUCAGGCAAUGUUCCAAGAUUUCUCAACCUCGAAUAUACAGAUUGACAAGGAUUUCAGUGCAAAGCUUUCUGGGCAUGGUUGCAUCGGCCACAUUCCCGAGACGGAUAUCUCCAGCAGCUCAGUCGCUGUGGCAAAUCUUUCGGUGGAGACUCUUGAAAGGGGCCUUUUAACACCAAAGAGCAAUGUGUGGAGUUUUGGGAUUGUGCUUCUCGAAUUGCUCACGGGUCGGAAAAACCUCGACAGCCGGCACUCAAAGGAAGAGAGGAAUCUCGUAAAAUGGAGUCGCCCUUUUCUGGCGGAUGAUUGCAGGUUGUCCCUUAUCAUGGACCCUCAGCUGAAGGGUCGUUUUCCGGCCAGAGCUGCGCGGACAGUGGCUGAUAUUGCUCAACGGUGUCUCCAAGUGGACCCCUCAGAGAGGCCCACGAUGAGGGUUAUCGUUGAGCACCUCAAGACCAUACAGGAUUUGAAGUACGCAUCUCGAUUUCCUCUGCAGGAGCCGGGCAAAAUUAGCGGCAAACAGAUGUUCAGAUCACCCAGCCUAAACGGGAUUGUGCCCAAGGCCACAAGAUUGAAUCUUUCUCCUUCUCCUCCUUCGGCUAGACCUAAGUCUAUUACACCCUUGCAUGGGCUGCCACUGGCUCUGCCUCCCAGAUCGAGUUCGUAUACGCUGUUAUUAGAGGAAAGUGAUCGGCAGGAAAGCUGUAGAUUCUCUUCUUGCUCCACCGUUCGUAGGUUGAGUGUGAAAGAUUUUGAUAGUUAGUUUAGUAGAGUAAGUUUUUUGAACUUUUUGUUUUUCUUUUCCUUUUUCUUUCUUGAGUUUGAUGAAAUGAGGAUCUCACAUACAAGAUAAGAGAUGAUAUGUAUAGAGUUUGUUUUUUUUGCAUAGAGUUUGUUUUUUUUGCUCGGGUGGCUCGGAAGUGCUGUUGAGAUUCGUCGUGCCGCGCGCCCUUAUGUUGAUACUUGUUCUCUUUCUAGCUUGUAAUAUAUUUACUAGUACAUAGUAUUAUCCUCCCAAAUGUUCGAUUUUUACGAUGAAACUGUGUCAAGUGUUAUGAAUGAAUGUGUCAUUUGGCUUGGCUUUACAGUUAAGGAAAGAACAAUGAAUGCAUCACAGUUAAUAAUACUCCUGUAUAUUCUUAAUGUGUGUUCA